CUUCAUAAUGGUCGAUUGUUUUGUCUCCGGCGAGAAUUCCUCAUCCACGACUUCCCCAGGAAUUCAUGAUUUCAAAGAAAAAGUUAUUGUUAGUGAAUAAAAAAUAGAGACACCCACUCCAAAAAAUAUCUGAAAUUAAUAACUAAAAAAAUAGAUAAGUCCUGAAGUCCUCAGGAUGGUCUUCACCAAGGAGUACAGGAUAUGCAUGCCUCUGACUGUUGAAGAGUAUCGGGUGGGACAGCUCUACAUGAUCGCGAGACACAGUCAUGAGCAGUCAGAUGCUGAUGAAGGAGUUGAAGUCGUGGAGAAUUCUGAAUGUGUGGAUCCAGUUCAUGGGAGAGGACAGUACACAGAAAAAAGAAUUCAUCUGUCCAGUAAAUUGCCUUAUUGGAUUCAAGCCCUCAUUCCUAGAAUAUUUUACGUGACAGAGAAGGCGUGGAACUACUAUCCCUUCACCAUAACAGAAUACACUUGUUCAUUUCUCCCAAAAUUUCAAAUAUCCAUCAAAACACGGUACGAGGACAACAACGGAUCAACAGAAAACUGUCUAGGAAUAACACCAGUGGAAUUGGUACAGCGAGAUGUUGACUUCAUCGAUAUAGCGUAUGAUGAACUGUCGGCGAAGCAUUACAAAGAGGAAGAGGAUCCCAAGUUUUUUCAGUCGAAAAAAACUGGGCGAGGACCACUCGUGGAAGGCUGGCGUGACACUACAAAUCCCAUAAUGUGUUCCUAUAAACUUGUGGAUGCGUCCUUUGAGGUCUGGGGAUUGCAGACACGUGUUGAGGAUUUUAUUCACAAGUGUAUCAGGGAUAUUCUUCUUCUUGGACAUCGCCAGGCCUUCGCCUGGAUCGACCAGUGGGUCGAGAUGUCCAUCGAAGACGUUCGAGAGUACGAAAAAAAAAUGCAUGCAGCCACUAAUGAAAAAAUUCAGAUUAAAAAUGAUGAGACAAUUCAAUCAUCACCAGGUACUCCACUCGGAUCAACUCCAUCAUCUCCUAAGAGUCCUAAUGAUUCUGCUAAUCGCUCUUGGUUCUCUUGGUCGUAACUACGAAAUUUAAUCAUUAUUACUAGUGAUUAUCGCUUAGAUCGUCCGAAUUAUUUGUCUAGUGUAAAUAAUUUAAUUAGAAUUUUGGGAUUAGUCAUCACAAAAUUCAUAAUUAAUUAUAAAUAGUUGAGCAAAUCAA